UGAUAGUGAAUCAGAUAGUGACGUGGUUAACACCGAUCAAGUGUCUUACGUGUACAUCGAAGAAUUGAUUCAUCUGGAUUUUAUUUGGAUUCUGCUUUUCGAGGCAUUCAGAGUAAAAAUGUUACAAACGAGCGAGCCGGCCGAUAAAAUGUGCGAGAACGAUAAGUCAGUCAAGUGCGAGAACGCAGAGGAAGAGGACGACGACAUGUACGAACAAGAUUUGCUCGAGGAUGCCCAAUGGAAACGGACGCAGCAGAACACGUUCACGAGAUGGGCGAACGAGAAGCUGAAAACGGUGAACAGACAGAUCGAUGAUUUGGAAUGUGAUUUGUCCGAUGGCCUUCUAUUGAUCAGUUUGAUCGAGGUGCUCGCGCAAAAAAAGCUACCGAAGCACAGUCAAAAACCAGUGUUUAGAUCACAGAAGUUGGAGAAUGUGUCGGUGGCAUUGAAGUUUUUGGACGACGAGGGAAUAAGGAUCGUUAAUAUCGAUUCGUCGGAUAUCGUCGAUUCGAAAUUAAAGUUAAUUCUGGGUCUAAUAUGGACGUUAAUUUUACAUUAUUCGAUAUCGAUGCCUCUGUGGAACGGGGAGGAGGUGUCUCAGUCCGAGGGACCGAAGCAAAGGCUAAUCAGUUGGAUAAAGAGUAAAGUCCCAGAAUUACAGAUCAAUAAUUUUACCACCGAUUGGAACGAUGGCCGUGCAAUCGGUGCUUUGGUCGACGGAGUCGCAUCUGGCCUCUGCCCCGAUUGGCCGAAUUGGAAUAAAGCUGAUGCAAUUCAAAAUGCGUCGGAAGCGAUGCAAUUGGCCGAUGAUUGGUUGAAUAUACCUCAGCUUAUCAAACCAGAGGAAAUGGUUAAUCCGAAUAUAGACGAAAUGUCGAUGAUGACGUAUCUUAGUCAAUACCCCAACGCAAAAUUGAAGCCGGGGGCACCUCUUCGACCACGUGCCAAUAGAAACAGUAUCCCGCCACCGCGAGUACGUGCUUACGGGCCUGGUAUUGAACCAACCGGUCCAGUUAUAGGAGCACCGGCUAACUUUACCGUCGAAACGUUUUCUGCUGGUAAAGGGGAUGUUGACGUCAUCGUAGAAGAUCCUGAAGGAAAUAGAAUACCGGUCGACGUUAGAUUCAACAAGGACAAGAAUCUCACCUAUUCCGUGUCGUAUACCCCAAAGAAGGAAGGGCCGCACACGAUAAAAGUACUUUUCGCUGGAAGGGAAAUACCGAAGAGUCCUUAUACGGUGAACGUGGAGGCGAAGGGAGGGGAUCCCGGUAAAGUUACGACAAGUGGACCAGGAUUACAGCCAGAAGGAGUUAUGGCGAACAGACCCACUUACUUCGAUAUCUUCACAAAGGCCGCUGGACGUGGUGUGCCGGAAGUUAUUAUCUUGAACGCGCAGGAACCGGAGACAAUCGUGCCUGUGAGAUUGCGGCAACCUUUACCAGAAGUGUGGGCAUGCGAGUACACCGCCCCCAAGAAAGGCUCGUAUUCCGUAAAUGUGUUCUUCGCCGGAAAACCGAUACCCGGAAGUCCUUUCAACGUUAAAGUAGGCUCAGUGUCGGAUACUAAAAAAUGCAAGGCCUAUGGACGAGGCUUAUUACCGAAUGGGGUUCGCGUUCAAGACGAUGCAGAUUUCGUUAUCGUCACGAACGACACAGGGGACGAUCUGCCCAUAGUUAAAAUCAUCGGUCCAGGAGGGAUUAAUCAACCUGUACACAUGACCAAAGUCGAUCAGAAAACGCACAAAUGCAAUUACGUGCCGAACAAAGAGGGGAGGUACGUGGUAAUGAUCACGUAUGGCGGGAAGGAAAUUUCCAAGUCGCCUUUCGAGGUGAACGUUGGCCCAUACAAGGACUCGUCGAUCAGGGUUUGGGGCCCCGGCCUACGCACCGGGAUCGUCAAUCACACGGCCAAAUUUUUCAUCGACGCGAAGAAGGAGAACGCCGGUCUCGGGUUCGCGAUCGAAGGCCCUUCGGAGGCGAAAAUAUUUUGCCAGGACAACGGGAAUGGAACCGGCGUUAUAUCGUAUUUGCCAACCGCUCCUGGCCAAUACGCGGUUCGCAUAUCGUGCGACGGCGAAGACAUCCCCAAGUCCCCCUACAUCGUCGACAUUUUACCGAAAGGUGACUUCGAUCCUGACAAGGUUGAAGUAUACGGUCCAGGAGUGGAGUCUUUGCUCAGUGGCAAACCAACGAAUUUUACCGUGGACGUGAGAAAAGCUGGCCAAGCACCUUUGGAAGUGAUCGUUCAAGACGGGGACGGAAGAGACGUACCCGUUCGUUUGGAGGACAAGCACGAUGGAACGGUCCAGUGUCAUUACACCCCUAUAUCUAAUUCGGAUCACGUUGUAAUGGUGGUGUACGGAGGAGUGGCGACAAAGUACUCCCCUUACAGAGUGAAGGUGGAAGCACUCGUAAAUCCUUCCAUGGUAACGGCGUACGGGCCAGGGUUGGAGAAAGGGGUGAAGUCGAACGUGCCGACUCAUUUCACCGUCAAUUGCCGCGAUGGCGGCCCGGGCGAGCUUCGGGUGAGCAUUAAGGACAGCGAGGAGAAAGAGAUUCCGUUCUCGGUCACGGAUAACAAGGACGGCACGUACACUGUUACCUACGUGGCACGGGAGCCAGGCGCCUGCGUCGUAAAUUUGAAUUACGGGGGCGUGAAUAUACCCCAGUGUCCCAUAAAGGUUAACGUGCAAUCAAGCGUCGAUGUAUCGAAGGUCAAAGUGGACGAUCUUGCACGGACCGCCCCGGUGAACAGCUUGCAGCAAUUCCGCGUGUUGACCCAGGACGCGGGCAGGCCGGCGGACUUUCAGGUGACGAUCACAGCUCCAUCGGGGAAUCGCGUCAAGGCUCACGUGGUCCCGACCCACGAGGGUUACCUGGUGAAUUUCACGCCCACGGAGCUCGGCGAAUACCUUUUGGCGAUCAGUUUCGGCGGAGAGCCGAUAACGAAUCAGCCGUAUCGAUUGACCUGCGUGCACGGCUCCGACCCCGAGAAAGUUCGUGCCUCCGGGCCGGGCCUAUCCCACGGGGUGGUGAACAAGCCGGCUGAGUUCGUGAUCGACACCCGUGGAGCUGGCCAAGGCAACCUCGGCGUCACCGUCGAAGGCCCCUGCGAGGCUGCCAUCAAUUGCCGCGACAACGGCGAUGGCACGUGCUCCGUCGCGUACCUGCCGACCGAGAUCGGCGAUUACGGUAUCAAUAUCACGUUCAACGAGAAGCACAUCCCUGGAUCACCGUUCCAGGCAAUCGUUGUGAAAGACGUCGAUGUGUCGAAGAUAAAGGUCACUGGAACCGGGAUACAACCGAACGGUCCGUGCGUUAAUCGCGCGACGGAAUUCACUGUGGACGCGCGAGCCCUCGCGAAGGGGAAAAACGAGAUCGACAAAGUUUCGUGUAGGAUCAACAAUCCGAGCGGCAACACGACCGAGAAAGUGAUCGCUCUACAAAGUGACGGGACGUAUUGCGUCAGUUACGUGCCGUUCGAGGAAGGCCCCCACACCAUAGACAUACGUUACGACAACGUCCCCGUGCCUGGUUCACCGUUUUCGGUCAACGUCCAAUACCGCAGCGACCCGAGCAAGUGCAAAGCGUACGGGCCAGGCUUGGAGAAAGGAUUCGUGAACAAGUACAACGUGUUCGUCGUAAACACGAAAGAUGCGGGAAACGGGGGUUUGGCUAUAUUGAUGGAGGGCGAUGACGGUUCGGAGGUGAUUUGCAAGGAGAAUGACGAUGGAACGUGCAAGGUGCAAUAUUACACGUCGGCGCCCGGCGAAUACGAGAUAUCCAUCAAGUUUGCGGAACAGCACAUUCCCGGCUCCCCCUUCCAAGUGUUGGUCGUCGACGAGACGCAGGCGAGCAACGUGACCGCUUACGGGGCGGGUCUGGAAACGGUGAGAGAAGGGAUACCUACGAAAUUUAUAGUGAACACCUCGAAAUGCAAUUCGGCGCAAUUGGAUGUAAUGUUGAAAACGAACAAAGGGCGUGUUCAAAAGCCGGUGAUUAAAAACUGCGGGAAUGGUAUAUACGAGGUCACUUACCAACCCCCGGCUGCUGGAAGCAAUUUGCAAGUUGGGGUCAAUUUUGACGGCGAAAAUAUACCAGGAAGCCCUUUCAAACCGGUAGUUUUGCCCACCGUCGAGCCAAAUAAAGUCGUCAUCUCGGGACCAGGAGUCUCGCCUGUUUGCACCGCCUCCUUCCCCGUCGAUUUCAUAGUGGACACUUCGAAAGCUGGAUACGGGGAUCUCGAGGUUCAAGUGUUGGGUCCGGAUCAAAUGCCUCGUAGGGUUGAAAUUCAGGAUCUCGGGGAUGGGAAAUACAAGGCGACUUACUUGCCCGACGAUUGCGGCCGUUACAAAGUUAACGUAAAGUACGGGGAUAAAGAGGUGCCUGGAUGCCCAAUAUUCGUGCAGAGCGUGUCCACCGGAAAAGCUGAGAAAUGUAAGAUCAAAGAGGGUAUUCAACACACUUUGGCUCAAGGUGAAGAGUAUUGCAUUACUGUGGACACCGAAAAUGCAGGCCGUGGCGCGGUGACUUGUCGUAUACGAUCUACUUCUGGAAGCGAGGUAGUGGAUAUCGACAUCGAGGACAAUGGAGAUGGCACAGUGAACAUUUAUUACACUGUGGCGGAUGCUGGUGACUACACUCUCAGUAUUAAAUUUGGUGGUCAACCGGUACCGGAAGGAUUUUAUACAUUCACAGCCUCAGAGGAAUAUCGAGAGCAUAGCACGCAUAAAACCCAGAGAGCGAGGAGGACUAGACAGAAGCAGGAGCAACGCAUAGUAGAGCAACACUCUUCCACUAUCCAAGAAAGUUCGAUCGUAUCGAAGAAGAAUUUCGACGUAGUCCGGUUGAACAACAUCCUUUUGCCGUUGCUGGAGGGAACCGUAACGUCCGAAGUAAAAAUGCCGAGCGGGAACAUGGAUAAACCAGUCAUCGAAGACAAUCACGAUGGCACAGUGUCCAUUAGAUACGAUCCCAGGGAAGAAGGGCAGCACGAGCUUUCGGUGAAAUUCAAUGGCGAACAUGUUCAAGGUUCACCGUUCAAAUUCCACGUGGACUCUUUGGCGAGCGGAUACGUGACUGCGUACGGGCCAGGUUUAAUAUACGGCGUAUGCGGCGAGCCGGGAAACUUCAACAUCUCCACCAAAGACGCUGGAGCCGGUGGCCUUUCGUUGUCGGUGGAAGGACCCAGCAAAGCUGAGAUCUCCUGCCACGACAACAAGGAUGGAACAAUCUCGGUCUCCUAUCUACCAACCGCUCCAGGAGAAUACAAAAUCGGCGUGAAAUUCGGUGACAAACACAUUCGGGGCAGCCCUUACGUUGCCAAAAUCACAGGCGAGGGCCGUAAGAGAAAUCAAAUCUCGGUCGGUUCAUCGAGCGAGGUCCAGUUACCGGGCAAAGUGACGGACUCCGACAUAAGAUCGUUGAACGCUUCGAUCACGGCCCCGAGCGGGCUCGAGGAGCCCUGUUUCCUCAAGAUGAUGCCGAACGGGAACAUGUGCGUCUCGUUCACCCCCCGCGAGGCCGGCUCCCACACGGUCGCCGUAAAGAAGCUGGGCAAGCACAUCCAGAACUCGCCGUUCAAGAUCGACGUGAAGGACAGGGAGGUGGGGGACGCGAAGAAGGUGAAGGUGUCCGGGGCCGGUUUGGUGGAGGGGAAGACCCACGUGGAGAACUUUUUCUCGAUCGACACGAGGAACGCCGGUUUCGGCGGCCUCUCGUUGUCGGUGGAGGGGCCUAGCAAAGCGGAGAUCCAGUGCAAGGACAACGAGGACGGCACGUUGAACAUCUCUUACAAGCCUACCGAGCCGGGGUACUACAUCAUCAACCUGAAAUUCGCCGACCACCACGUGGAAGGGUCGCCGUUCACCGUCAAGGUGACCGGGGAGGGUAGCAACCGGCAGAGGGAGAAGAUCCAAAGGCAGAGGGAGGCAGUGCCGAUCACGGAAGUGGGAAGCCAGUGCAAGCUCACUUUCAAGAUGCCCGGCAUCACGUCGUUCGAUCUCGCCGCCACGGUCACCUCCCCGGGGGGCGUGACCGAGGAUGCGGAGAUCAAGGAGGUGGAGGACGGCCUGUACGCGACGGUCGGCCCUUUGAGGGAUGGCGGGGCGCACAGGGUGCACGCGGGCGGCCCAGGAUUGGAAAGGGGCGAGCAGGGAGAACCGUGCGAGUUCAAUAUAUGGACGAGGGAGGCCGGAGCUGGUACUCUGGCCGUGUCCGUCGAGGGACCCAGCAAAGCUCAGAUCGACUUCAAGGAUCGAAAAGAUGGCAGCUGUUACGUCAGCUACGUCGUUUCCGAACCCGGCGAAUACAGGGUAGGAAUAAAGUUCAACGAUCAACAUAUACCCGAUUCCCCACACAAGGUUUACGUGUCACCGGCGAUGGGCGACGCUCAUAAGCUCGAAGUGGCGCAAUUUCCGGAAUCCGGCGUGCAACCGGACAAGCCAGCCACUUUCCUUGUUCGCAAAAAUGGUGCCAAGGGUGAACUCGACGCGAAGAUAGUGUCUCCAAGCGGUAUCGAAGACGAUUGCUUCAUUCAAGGGAUCGAUUCUGACACUUACUCGGUCCGAUUUAUGCCGAGAGAAAAUGGAAUUCACAAUAUCCACGUAAAAUUCAACGGCGUCCACAUGCAGGGCAGUCCAUUCCGCAUCAAGGUCGGGAAAGUGGAAGCAGAUCCGGCCGCGUUACACGCAUACGGUAACGGUUUGAAAGAGAUAAAAACCGGGCAAAAGACAGACUUCAUCAUCGACACCUGCAACGCUGGAAGUGGUGCGCUAUGCGUGACCGUGGACGGACCUAGCAAAGUCGCGAUGGACUGCACGGAAGUCGAGGAGGGUUACAAAGUUAGGUACACGCCCUUGGUGCCUGGCGAUUAUUACAUAAGCAUCAAAUACGAUGGAUAUCACAUUGUCGGGUCACCGUUCAAGGUUCCUUGCACCGGUGCGGAUCUAGCGGAAAGGGGUGCUCAAGAAACAAGUUCGAUCGUGGUCGAAACCGUUCAAAAGAUUUCGAAGUCGAAACAAGUGGGACCAGUUUUACCACUGUUCAAAUCGGAUGCUAGCAAAGUAACGAGCAAAGGAAUGGGUCUGAAGAAGGCAUACUUGGGCAAACAGAAUGUGUUCACUGUGAACGCUAGCGACGCUGGCAAUAAUAUUCUCUACGUUGGCGUGUACGGGCCUAAAGGACCAUGCGACGAGGUGUCCAUGAAGCACACGGGACGCAACAAUUACAACGUGAACUAUUUGGUUCGUGAAAGGGGAGAAUACAUCGUUAUUGUAAAAUGGGGUGACGAGCAUAUCCCUGGAUCACCGUACAAGGUCGAAGUAUAGAUGAUGCCUUUCGAUCGAUCGAGGAAACAAACUGAAACGUUAUGAUUCCAACGAAACUCUACGUAUAGUUUUGCUUUAUACCAUGGCCAGACUCUCUCUUAUAUCGAUUGUUCCAUUUUUAGAAUUGAAGUAUUUAUCUAUUUGAACGAAUAGAAUAAUAAAAAGUUGAUCUAGGGAUGAUAAUGUUUGAAAUAGGAAAAUGUGUUUCGUAUAUUUUUUUCUCUCUCUCUCUCUCUCUCUUUUUUUUUGAUAGUUUUCUCACGUCGCUACAAUGUUGCGUGUACAUAUGUAGCUUUUUCUUUCGUCCUGAAGCAAUACAGGUAUUACGCGUCUGAUAUAUAAUUAAGUGAUAAUACAAAAAAAAAAAAAUCGGAAAUGAAUACGGACGCCAACCGACGACAACAUUGAAAAAUAAAAAAAAAAAAAAUAAAUAAAAAAAACAUUGAUUGUGCCUUAUAUUUUUAGAUUAAGAUAUCUACUUCUUCCAUUAGAAUGCGUUCUAUAGAUGAUCCAUCGACAAUCUCUCCACUGUGUUAUAUUAUUUUAAUGUAAUUAUAUCGGAUAAAGAAAGAUUUAUCCAAUGUUAUUCAAUCAAUGAUUAUAAAUUAUAUAAGAAUGAAAUAAAUAAUACCUU